UCUAGCCCUGUUGACUUUCGAACCUUACCUACCUGCAGUUGGAUCUGAGUGAGGCCCUGGGCACAGGUCACUCUCUGGGUCCUGCCCUUCACUCUUCUUAUGGUGGUAGCUGCCAGAGAGCUGUGGUCAGCCCCAAGACUGGGGGAUGGCUUUAGAAGGUGCGCCUCCAGUGCUGCAGCCAGAUAUGCCCCUGAACAAUGGUGUCAUUCUGUCUCCUUCUUGCAUCUUGCCCCCUCUCCCACCUGUCCCAGUCCCGGUACAGCAGCUGCACUGGAAACUGCUGCCGCCACCCUUUGGGAACGCACCACUUCCUCAGCCUAAGCCUCUGGUGCUUUCUCCUUUCCCCGGGAUACCUGUGGUAGCAGGACACGGUGGCUAUGGCUUGAAGGGAGCUGGACCUUGCAUCAUCACUGCCCAAGCAGGGACAGCAGGGAGGCCACCAGGGUCUCUGUUGACUCAGGUUGUCCUCACUCAGGGCCCACUUAUCAUUGGAGCCCCAGGGGUCCUGCAUAGGGUUGUGCAGCAUCCUGCUCCCUGGGUGGUGAGAGCUCCGCCCAUGACCACCAUGGUGGCUGCUCCAAUUGGAGUGAACGCCUAUGCUGAUAAUAGGGUGCGGCCUCGGGGCCUUCGUCCUCCAACCAUACCACCAGUGCCCUCUAAUACAUCUGGGGCAAACAAGGUGCCACCACCACGCUGGGACUGUGGGGAGGGUGGCCUGGCCACCUCCCAGGCCAAUGCCUCACCAGAUCACACCUACAAGUCUGCAAGAGUCUAUGAGAACUUCCGGCAUUGGCAGUAUUUCAAGACCCUGCUCCGGAGACACCUUCCCCACACUCCUGAUGUGGAAGCGGUGUCCUGCUUCCUCGUGCCAAUGCUUCGGUCCCUGUCCCGCCAGCAGCCGACCAUGAGUGUGGAGGAGGGCUUGCGCAUAGGUGUGCGGGAAUGGGACCGCAGGAGCAACAGUGAGCGCACAACAUUCUACGAGGUGGCUGCAGAGUUCAUGAGGUUUGAGGCUACUGAAGAGAUGAAAGAUCCUAGGUUGCUGCUGAUGGGGAGACUUCUGGACUGUCCACUUCCAGCCCCACGGAGGUCAGAUCCUCCAAGAUCCUCUGAUGUUGUACAGCAACCAGGGUGCAGCCUGAGGCAGACAGGCUCCAAGGCUCAGGCUCCCUGCCCCUCAGCACGCAAAUGCCAGCAGUCACAGGAGACCAAGGUGCCUGAUGACAUUCCUCCUGAAGCCAUGAGGGAAUACAUAGACACUAUGGACUCGCUGGAAGUAGGUCACCUCUUGGCCAUGGGGCAACCUGAUGAAAACCAGAAAGAGGAGCAGCAGCAGGAAGAGCAUGAGAAAUACCCAGACCCAGAUCUCUUGAGUUACUGUGAUGAGCUAUGCUCCCAAGAAGACUUUGUUACCAAGGUGGAGGCUGUUAUCAACCCCCAAUUCCUGGUAGAAGCAGAAUCUACAGACAUUGAGAGAGACAUCAUCUUGGCUGUAGGACAAACGCUAGAAGAGGAACACAGACUCACUCCUGAGCAGCUGGUGGAGAAGCGCCUCCUGGGCUCCGAGGCAAAGGGAGAUGUGUGCAGGCCCUGGAGCCAAGCUGCAUCCCAAUCUGCUACCCACCAAAGUGCAGAGCAAGAUGACUGUGACCCUGAGCAAAGGGCCGACAAGGAGACCUGCCUCACUCCAAAAGCUUCCCAGGUCCCCAAGAAACUCCAGGCCACAGAUGAAGAAUUUCCAGGGUCUGAGGUCCCUGCUAUCCUGCACAGGCAACAAAGCCCUGAUCCACUGGGCACCUCUGAUCCCAGCAGUAUUCCCCAGGACCUGGCACCCAGAUGUGCUCUGGGCCUCAGAGGCUCCUCUCCUACUGUGGAACCAUUCGAGCCAGUGUCUGGCCUGGGUGAGGAUGAGGGGGACUUCUCCAACCUGUUCUUCCUCCUGGCAUCCCCUCGCCAGCUGCUGCCCUGGGAAUGGCCCCAGGCCCCAGGCCCUGAGGUGGACCUCCUGUGCCCUGAAGGUCCAACACCCCAGGCCUCACCUCCUCAGGGAGGAGACCUCAGCCCCAACUUUCCUCCAUCUGCCAAGUCCAAGAAGCGAGUCCUCACAGGAGGCUCAGCUCCUGUGAGAAAGAUGUCCUGCCCAGGGCCUUCCUGCGAGGUCUCUGGAGGGCAAGAUUUGGCUCAGGGCCCAGUUCCACCCUUAUGGCCUCAGAAGGGGAGAUGUAACAAAUUAGGCUCCCAGAGGAGGAGGAAGAGGCACUGAAACCAUAGGGUUAGUGGGCAGACUCUGGGGUGCCUGUCCCUCAGGUGGGCUUUGGCCAAAUUUUACCCUGGCUGCAUCCUACACCCCACGAGCCAGACAUCUCUGCUCUUGGGCAUGGCGAGGUAACAGAAGUGGGUGGGUUGGAAGGGAGAAGCCUGCCUGGAGGGGUGCAGGCUGUUCUUUGGGGGUGUUGUUUGAUAUAAAUAAAGAUAAUUGAGUGGAAAAUGC